AUGGCAAUGUUCAAGCAAGCACUUAAGGAUUACUUUGUAUAUGAGGGAAAAGAGCUUAUGUAUUUGAAGAAUGAGCCAAAGAGGAUUAGAGCAAGGUGUGCUGAGGAAGGUUGUCCAUGGCUGGUGUUUUGCUCUCAUAAUAGUCAGAGUCUAAGUUUUCAAAUCAAGACAUUCAUUGGAGAGCAUAACUGUGGUAGGAAUUUGAGCAGCAACAUGACUGAUAGAGCUUGGGUGACAAGUAAGUUGGUAAAAAGGUUGGUAACUCAACCUCUAAUGACUCUGAAAGAGGCACUAGAGCACAUGAAGCAGGACUAUAAUGUCCAUAUAAACUAUAGGAUGAUAUAUAGAGCCUUGAAAGCUGCUAGAGAGCAAGCAAUUGGAAAGGAGCGAGAACAAUAUGGAAAGCUACAUGACUACUUAAAUGAAAUUCACAGAAGCAAUCCUGGAUCCACUGGUAUGGUUGAUGUAAUUCCUCAACCGGAGGGUCGUCCACUCUUCAAUAGGUUGUACAUUUCACUGGAUGCUUGCAAGAAAGGCUUCAAGGUGCGCUGUCGUCCUCUGAUUGGAUUGGAUGGAUGCUUCUUAAAAGGGUACUUUGGUGGUCAUCUGUUGUCAGCUGUGGGACAGGAUGCCAAUAAUAGUUUCUUUGUUAUAGCAUUUGCUGUAGUUGAAGCUGAGAACACUGAUUCCUAG